UCAACACAGGCAGAGAACAAACACUUGGGGGAGCAUGUGUAAGAAUUUAUCUAAAUGUAAGUAUUUAUCCUCGUGAAUCGAAUGACGACAUCAUUAUCUUCAGUAAGUUGACGAGAAUUAGUGGUUGGAUGUGUUUACCUUUAUUUGAAGAAUUAUGACCACUACGAGUUUUUCUCAACAUUGGAGAGGCGAAUAGGAAAAAGAGCAACACAGCUUCUCGACGGUGAAGAGAAAGGAUCAAACCCUAGAAUUUUCAAUUUGAAACAGUAGAAGAAUUUUUGGGGGAAGUUGAACAGUAUUUGGCAAAGGGCUUUUUUAAAAUUAUCGGGUUUGAUCGACCAUGCAACGAAACGAGAUGAAAGGUUAAGGAAUUUUGGGGAAGAUAAACAGUGACCAAGGAAACGAAACGACUGUCUCAGUCAAUCUGAGGCGAUAACGGGAAAUUAAACAGUAUUUGGCAAAGAGUUUUUUUAAAAUUCUCGGAUUUGAUCGACCAUGCAAGGAAACAAGGCGAACGGCAAAGGAAUUUUGGUGAAGAUGAGCAGUGACCAUGCAAGGAAAUGAGGCGAAAGGUUAAGGAAUUUUGGGGAAGGCGAAAGGUUAAGGACAGUGGCUGAAUUAUGGGUUACAGGGAUUUUGAAUUAGGGCUGAAGGUUUGAAUUUGGGUUACAGGGAUUUUGAGUUAGGGCAGAAGGUUUGACCAGGUUUGAAAUUGGUAUCAAAAUAAUUUGGGUCAAAGUUUUUAAUAUUUGAGUUUAACCAUGGAUGGGUGAAACAAAACCAAGCUUAAACUUGGGUUAAGUAAGAGGUGACGUGACAAAAAUUGGAUGAAGAAAAAAAUCUACUGCGUUGAAUACACCUACGGUGAUUGAAUCUGUCUCCCUUUCAAAUUUUCAACUUGAAGAAAAAGGGGAGCAACCCCAUUUAGACGACAUUUUGAUGCCAGCCCAAUGUCUCGCUCUGUGCAUCUCUCUCUACAUUUUCACGUCUGUCUUUCACUAUCCCUUUUCCUUCUAUUAUUUUAUCUUUGUUUCCCUCAUUUCUUUUUUUCUAUUUCCUUUCCUCAGGGUUUCCUUGUACCCUACCCUGACUUUAUCAACACCCCCCUUCUUCUCUCUGUCUAGGGUGUAUGGUACUGUUGUUUUUGUUGUGUUGCUGAAAUGGUUGUUUUAGAGUACUACUGGGUUAUCUUUAUUGUUUUAGGGUUUUCUUUACCAGCUGAGGUUAUGAAUUCUCAGAACCUGACAUGCAAUUCAAAUGAUCUCAAGGCAUUACAGGGUUUCUUGAAAGGUCUGGAGUCAGAAAUUGUUGGGUGGGACAUCAAUUCAUCAGCCCCCAAUUGCUGUAAUUGGGUAGGCAUCACUUGCAAUUCCUCGUCAUCUCUCCGAUUGAAUGAUGAUCCUGUGGACUCCGGUAGGGUAGUGAAGUUGGAUCUUGGAAAGCAGAGAUUAGCGGGUGAGCUCUCCGAAUCAUUAGGCCAUUUAGACCAGCUCAAAACCCUCAAUCUCUCUCACAAUUUCCUCCGAGGCUCGCUUCCCGUGUUGCUCUUACAUUUGCCAAACUUAGAGGUGCUAGACUUGAACAACAAUGAAUUUUCCAGCCAGAUUCCGACGAAUAUAAGCCUGCCUUCAAUCCAACAUCUUGACAUGUCGGAUAAUUCUUUCAGUGGUUCGGUUCCUGUGGGUAUCUGUGACAACUCACCCCGAAUUCGGGGUAUCUAUGUUGCUAUGAAUUAUUUCCAAGGUCAUUUUCCAGCAGGAUUUGGCAAUUGUAGUUCAUUAGAGCAUCUCUUCGUCGGUUCAAAUUAUCUCACUGGUGGUAUACCAGAAGAUGUAUUUCGGCUACCAAAUUUGGCGCGAUUGAGUAUUCAGGAUAACAUGCUUUCCGGGGAGCUGAGCACGGGUAUUGGUAACCUUUCUCACCUUAUAGGCUUGGAUAUAUCAUCAAAUGGGUUUUCAGGACUUAUACCAGAUUUUUUUCAUAGAUUUCUGAAGUUACAGUUUUUCUCAGCUCAAUCAAAUAAUUUCUCUGGUCACAUACCCUUUUCAUUGGCAAAUUCACAGACCCUGGAGUCUCUUAGUUUGAGAAACAAUUCUUUGGAGGGUUCAUUUGAUCUCAACUGUUCGGCUAUGACUAAUCUGGUGUCUCUUAAUAUAGCUAAUAAUCAGUUCUCGGGGCCUAUUCCUGGUAAUCUUUCGUUGUGUCCACAAUUGCAAACUUUAAAUCUUGCACAAAAUUACUUCACUGGCCAAAUACCAGAAAGCUUCAAGAAUUUCCCGAGUCUCACAUACCUUUCCAUCUCUAAUUCCACUUCCGAAAUUCAUAACCUAUCAGCUGCCCUUCAAAUUCUACAGCAUUGUUCGAACCUAACUACUUUGAUUCUAACCAUGAAUUUCCAUGGUGAAGAAUUGCCCGCUGAUCCUGGUCUGCAGUUUAUAAAACUGAAAGCUCUCAUUAUUGCCAACUGUGGACUCACGGGUUUAGUUCCAAAGUGGUUGAGUGGUAGCAAAAACUUGCAAUUGUUGGAUUUGUCAUGGAACCACUUGAGAGCAACUAUUCCAGUUUGGUUAGGUGAUUUUCAGUUCCUCUUUUACUUGGACUUAUCAAACAACUCUUUUACUGGGGAAAUUCCAAAAAGCCUAACUGGAUUACAGAGCCUCAUCUUCCGGAAUAUCUCGUUGGAAGAGCCUUCACAAGAUUUCCCCUUUUUCAUGAGACGGAAUCUAAGUGCUAGAAGUUUGCAAUACAAUCAGGUCGACCGCUUUCCACCCACAUUGGACCUCAGUAACAACUUUCUUACCGGACCAAUCUGGCCGGAGUUCGGGAAUCUAAAAAAGGUGCAUGUCUUGGAUCUGAAAUGCAAUAAUUUAUCAGGAACCAUCCCUAGUAAUUUGUCAGGUAUGACAAGCCUAGAGUCACUGGACUUGUCCCAUAAUAAUCUCUCUGGAACUAUUCCUCCUUCCUUGGAAAGUCUCAGCUUUCUGUCCAAGUUCAGCAUUGCAUACAAUCAACUCCACGGGGUAAUCCCAACGGGAGGUCAGUUUUCAACUUUUCCAAACUCGAGCUACGAGGGGAACUUGGGUCUAUGUGGUGAAUAUGCUUCUCCGUGUCCAACUAGGGAUCCACUUCCUGAUGAACCACGAAAUAACUCCAACAGAGAGAAUGACACUAUCAUUGGUGUGGCUGUUGGGAUUGGAUUUGGGACAGUUAUUCUUCUUGCUAACAUCUUGGUUAUUGUUUUUCGGGCAAGAUGUCGAUCGCUGUGAGUUUAAUAUUCUCUAUGUACCAAAAUAAUUGGGUACUUUGCCAAGGUACCCAAUUAUUUUGGGAUGGAGAGAAUAGUUAAUCAAUUGGUAAUUUAAUCGGUAACAAAAGUUGAGGAAGAAAACUUAUUCACCCACCCGUCUAGGUCCUUAAGAAUAUGCUUUCAUGAUAUACAGUGUAUCAAUUUAUCUAUCGAGUCCCAAAAUAGUUUCUUUCCAGUGUUAGCAUAACGACAAUUAUUGUAUAAAAGAUAUGUUCAUGUAGGACUAUUUUAUUAGCUAUUAGUUUGUUUCACUCUUCUUAUUUCUGUUACUUUUGUCUUUCAUAUUGUGAUCUACUACUAUGCGUCUAUGCCUACUUUGGUUUUUUUUAUUAUUUAUUUAUUUAUUUAUUUUGGUUAACUUUCACUCCUGCCUAUCAUUUCUCCAUCUUUCUUGCUUUUUCACCUUUUCAUUUUGGAAGCAAAUUUUUUUUUUUUUUUUUGAAUUUUUAAUAUAAAUAUUAAAAAUUAGUUUUUGUAUCCCUUGCACUUGGUUUUUUAAAUAUUGGAUUGCAAUGUGAUUAUCGAAAUUUCAUAGAUUGGGAUUGGACUUGUCAAUUUUGUUGUUCAAUUAGCAAAAUAAUUUUUUUUAUUAUAUGGGUUUUCACUAUGUUUAUGAAAUUUAAUCAUAUUUAUUAGCAUCUAUGUUUUCUUGAUAGAAAAAGAGAUUUAAAUAUGUUUGUUUAUAGUGCUCUUUAAGAAUCUUCUACAGAAAUCUCAACGUAUUGUAAUGUUUGAUUACUAAAAUUCCGUCUUUAGUUGAGCCCAUUAUUUAAAAAAAAAAAAAAAAAAAAAACUAUACAGUAAAAUCCGAUAUAAAAUUUAGGAAAUUAACAAAAGUCAAAAACAAAUCUGCAAUGAUAGUAGAAAAGGAUAAUUGGUGGGAAAUAAUGUCGAAAUGAAUCAGAAGCACUAGGAAUCAAAUUUUAAGAUCCUGUAUGCUAAUUCAAAACAUCUAACAACCCCAUUUUUCAAUGCUUUCCCGAGUGCUGAUUGAAAAGUCUCCCCCAUGGGCAAAUCCCACUGCAGAGUCAUUAUCCAAAGGAAAACACUGAAUCCCAACUAAAAGCGAUAAUCUUACUUUUAAAUACGAAGGGAGUCUGCUUUCAAAUUUAAACUCAAAAGUAAAGUUUUACACAAUUUUUGUAUGAAAUCCAAAGUACUCGGAAAAUAUUGAAAGACCGUGAUGAUUUUUUUUUCCCUAACCCUAACUCUUAAACGAAUUAAAGAGAAUCAACAAUUUCAGGUUUUGCUUUUCGGAA